AUGGCGGAGCGAGGCCUGGAGCCCGCGCCGGCCGCGGUGGCGGCGCUGCCGCCCGAAGUGCGGGCGCAGCUGGCGGAGCUGGAGCUGGAGCUCUCGGAGGGGGACAUCACACAGAAGGGAUACGAAAAGAAAAGGUCAAAACUCCUGUCUCCCUACAUCCCGCAGACACAAGAAACUGAUUCAGCAGUACAGAAAGAACAUAGAAACCAGACACCUGCUCCGUCUGCAGCUCAAACAUCCGCUCCUUCUAAGUACCACCGAACUCGGUCUGGGGGAGCCAGGGAUGAACGAUACCGAUCAGAUAUCCAUACAGAAGCAGUUCAAGCCGCACUGGCAAAGCAUAAAGAACAGAAAAUGGCUCUGCCCAUGCCAACCAAAAGGCGGUCCACAUUCGUCCAGUCUCCUGCAGAUGCCUGCACACCUCCUGACACGUCUUCGGCCUCUGAGGAUGAGGGCUCUCUGAGACGCCAAGCUGCGCUCUCUGCUGCCUUGCAACAGAGCUUACAGAAUGCUGAGUCCUGGAUCAACCGUUCAAUUCAGGGAUCGUCCACUUCUUCAUCCGCAUCUUCUACGCUGUCCCAUGGAGAGGUCAAAGGAACCAGUGGGUCUCUAGCUGAUGUAUUUGCCAAUACUCGAAUAGAGAAUUUCUCUGCUCCCCCUGAUGUUACUACAACUACCUCUUCUUCAUCAUCAUCUUCCUCAAUGCGCCCAGCAAAUAUUGAUCUGCCCCCCUCGGGGAUAGUUAAAGGCAUGCACAAAGGAUCCAACAGGUCCAGCCUUAUGGAUACAGCUGAUGGUGUUCCUGUCAGUAGCAGAGUAUCCACCAAAAUCCAGCAGCUUCUCAACACUCUGAAACGACCCAAAAGACCUCCCUUAAAAGAAUUUUUCGUGGAUGACUCUGAAGAAAUUGUGGAAGUACCUCAGCCAGACCCCAACCAGCCCAAACCUGAAGGACGGCAGAUGACCCCUGUAAAGGGGGAGCCAUUAGGAGUCAUCUGUAACUGGCCUCCUGCUCUUGAGUCGGCCUUGCAGCGCUGGGGCACCACGCAAGCAAAAUGCCCCUGUCUGACCGCCCUGGACGUGACGGGGAAACCAGUUUACACGCUCACAUACGGAAAGUUGUGGAGCAGAAGUUUAAAGUUGGCCUACACACUGCUUAAUAAACUGGGGACCAAAAAUGAACCUGUAUUAAAACCUGGAGACAGGGUAGCCCUGGUUUACCCCAACAAUGAUCCAGUCAUGUUUAUGGUGGCUUUUUAUGGAUGUCUCCUGGCAGAAGUGAUUCCAGUGCCUAUAGAGGUACCUCUUACCAGAAAGGAUGCUGGAGGGCAGCAGAUUGGCUUCUUGCUAGGAAGCUGUGGUAUUGCCUUAGCUCUUACCAGUGAAGUUUGUCUAAAGGGGCUGCCAAAAACCCAGAAUGGAGAAAUUGUACAGUUUAAAGGUUGGCCCCGGCUCAAAUGGGUUGUAACAGAUUCCAAGUACCUUUCAAAGCCACCUAAAGACUGGCAGCCCCACAUCUCACCUGCUGGUACAGAACCAGCAUACAUUGAGUAUAAAACAAGCAAAGAAGGGAGUGUAAUGGGAGUUACAGUGUCCCGCCUUGCAAUGUUGUCUCACUGCCAAGCUCUGUCCCAGGCCUGCAAUUAUUCUGAAGGGGAGACAGUAGUCAAUGUUUUAGACUUUAAGAAGGAUGCCGGGUUGUGGCAUGGCAUGUUUGCGAAUGUAAUGAAUAAGAUGCAUACAAUUAGCGUACCCUACUCUGUUAUGAAGACUUGCCCUCUCUCUUGGGUCCAAAGAGUACAUGCCCACAAAGCCAAGGUAGCUUUAGUAAAAUGUCGAGACUUGCAUUGGGCUAUGAUGGCACAUCGGGACCAAAGAGAUGUGAGCUUGAGUUCCCUCCGAAUGUUAAUUGUAACUGAUGGAGCUAAUCCCUGGUCUGUGUCGUCCUGUGAUGCCUUCCUGAGUCUAUUCCAAAGCCAUGGACUGAAACCUGAGGCCAUCUGUCCGUGUGCUACUUCUGCUGAAGCCAUGACUGUUGCAAUCCGCAGGCCUGGAGUUCCAGGGGCCCCUUUGCCAGGAAGAGCUAUUCUCUCAAUGAAUGGAUUGAGCUAUGGGGUAAUACGGGUCAAUACUGAAGAUAAAAAUUCAGCACUGACGGUCCAGGAUGUGGGCCACGUAAUGCCUGGUGGGAUGAUGUGCAUUGUGAGACCUGAUGGACCUCCCCAACUCUGCAAAACAGAUGAAAUUGGAGAAAUCUGUGUCAGCUCUAGAACAGGAGGCAUGAUGUACUUUGGGCUUGCUGGUGUGACAAAAAAUACAUUUGAGGUGAUUCCAGUGAAUUCUGCAGGCUCUCCUGUUGGGGAUGUGCCCUUCAUCCGGUCAGGACUUCUGGGGUUUGUAGGGCCGGGCAGUUUGGUGUUCGUAGUUGGAAAAAUGGAUGGGUUACUGAUGGUUAGUGGUCGAAGACAUAAUGCUGAUGACAUUGUUGCUACUGGAUUGGCUGUUGAAUCAAUAAAGACUGUUUAUAGAGGAAGAAUUGCUGUGUUUUCUGUGUCUGUAUUUUAUGAUGAGCGCAUUGUGGUGGUUGCGGAACAAAGACCCGACGCCUCAGAGGAAGACAGUUUCCAGUGGAUGAGCCGAGUGUUGCAGGCAAUCGAUAGCAUUCAUCAAGUGGGUGUUUAUUGUCUUGCUCUGGUGCCUGCCAAUACAUUGCCAAAAACUCCUCUAGGAGGGAUCCACAUAUCUCAGACGAAACAGCUCUUUCUGGAGGGAUCUCUACAUCCUUGCAAUAUCCUCAUGUGCCCACAUACAUGUGUGACCAAUUUGCCAAAACCCCGACAAAAGCAACCAGGUGUGGGCCCUGCUUCUGUGAUGGUUGGGAAUCUGGUUGCUGGAAAACGCAUAGCACAAGCUGCAGGAAGAGAUCUUGGGCAAAUUGAAGAGAAUGACUUAGUGAGGAAGCACCAGUUUCUGGCGGAGAUUUUACAGUGGCGAGCCCAGGCAACUCCUGACCAUGUACUCUUCAUGCUGUUAAAUGCCAAGGGAACUACUGUGUGUACAGCCAGUUGCCUUCAGCUUCAUAAGCGAGCAGAGAGGAUUGCAUCAGUUCUUGGUGAUAAGGGGCAUCUAAAUGCAGGAGACAACGUGGUGUUGCUCUAUCCACCUGGCAUCGAGUUAAUAGCAGCGUUCUAUGGUUGCCUGUACGCGGGGUGCAUACCUGUCACUGUCCGACCUCCUCACGCUCAGAACCUUACGGCCACAUUGCCCACUGUCCGCAUGAUUGUUGACGUCAGCAAAGCAGCCUGCAUUCUCACCACACAGACCCUGCUAAGGUUACUGAGGUCCCGAGAGGCAGCAGCAGCUGUGGACGUGAAAACCUGGCCAACCAUCAUUGACACAGAUGAUUUACCCAGGAAAAGGUUACCUCAGCUGUAUAAACCACCCACUCCUGAGAUGUUGGCGUAUCUUGAUUUUAGCGUCUCCACAACUGGCAUGCUGACAGGAGUGAAGAUGUCCCACUCUGCAGUCAAUGCUCUUUGUAGAGCCAUCAAGCUCCAGUGUGAGUUGUAUUCUUCUCGGCAGAUCGCUAUCUGCCUUGACCCUUACUGUGGACUUGGCUUUGCACUCUGGUGUCUCUGCAGUGUCUAUUCAGGUCACCAGUCCAUCUUAAUUCCUCCUAUGGAGUUAGAAAACAACCUUUUCCUCUGGCUCUCCACUGUCAACCAGUACAAAAUAAGGGACACUUUCUGCUCCUAUUCAGUAAUGGAGCUCUGCACCAAAGGGCUUGGAAACCAAGUGGAGGUGCUAAAGACCAGAGGAAUCAACCUCUCCUGCAUCCGGACGUGUGUGGUUGUGGCUGAGGAGCGACCCCGCAUUGCCCUCCAGCAGUCCUUCUCCAAGCUCUUCAAAGACAUUGGGCUGUCCCCUCGGGCUGUGAGCACUACUUUUGGAUCAAGAGUCAAUGUAGCGAUAUGUUUACAGGGAACCUCAGGGCCUGAUCCAACUACUGUGUAUGUAGAUCUGAAAUCAUUGAGACAUGACAGGGUUCGUCUUGUGGAACGGGGUGCCCCCCAGAGUUUGCUUCUCUCAGAGUCUGGAAAGAUUUUACCUGGAGUGAAAGUGGUUAUUGUUAAUCCCGAGACCAAAGGGCCUGUUGGAGACUCUCAUCUUGGAGAGAUUUGGGUGAACAGUCCCCACACAGCCAGUGGCUAUUACACGAUCUAUGACAGUGAGACUCUUCAAGCUGAUCAUUUCAACACUCGCCUCAGCUUUGGGGAUGCCGCGCAGACACUCUGGGCGCGGACAGGAUACCUUGGAUUUGUCCGCCGGACUGAGCUCACAGCGGCCACUGGAGAGCGUCACGAUGCAUUAUAUGUGGUGGGAGCUCUGGAUGAAACGCUGGAGCUGAGAGGAUUACGAUACCACCCGAUCGAUAUUGAGACCUCAGUGUCCCGGAUCCACAGGAGCAUUGCUGAAUGUGCCGUGUUCACAUGGACCAACUUGCUUGUGGUGGUUGUGGAACUGUGUGGCUCUGAACAGGAAGCCCUCGAUCUGGUCCCUUUAGUGACGAACGUGGUCCUGGAAGAGCAUUACCUCAUUGUUGGCGUCGUGGUGGUGGUGGACCCAGGUGUUAUCCCCAUCAACUCCAGAGGAGAGAAGCAGAGGAUGCACCUCCGUGACAGCUUCCUGGCUGACCAGUUAGACCCCAUCUAUGUGGCUUAUAACAUGUAACCAGCCUUGUGGGGAUCACGGGGGGGGCCAUCCUGAAAAACCACAAGGACCAAAGACCAGUGACUAGGAGCAAGCUUUCAAAUGAUGUGAAAUAAGCUGAGAUGGUUACAUUAUAUCCUUCAUCUCAUCCUGUGGGAUUCUACAAUCACAGGACACACAGGAAAGGGGAAUCGUACGGUAGCAAAUGAAAAAAUUGUUAACAGUCCAUUAGUCAUGAGCUUUGACAUAGCGUGAGCAGCACGUUACUAAAGCGAUUCCAUGCAUGUUGCAUUUUUUUCAUCUGUUGUAUAUACUUGUAUUUUUAUCUAAUGCUGUUUUAGAAUUUUGUAAGGGAGUUUAAUGAAUUCACAUGAAGGGGGUAGUCGGGAGUUCUCCAGUUCCCCGCUCUGUACUGUAUUCUGCCAUUUUACCAUAGCUGGACUUUCUGCAGGUUUGUUGACGUGGAACUGCUCAGCUUAUUUUCUGCUGACCCAUAAGCAAAUCAAAUAACCCACUGAAUAGGAGAGUUACUUUAUAUAAUUCUUGAGAGUAAAACAUUUUGACCAGUGUUUUAAACGUGUAAAUAAGAAUAUACACAAUUCAGCUAAA